AUAAAUAGCUGGCGGACGUACUCAAUCUCUCAGAUACAGAUACAACUCAGAAGCCAGCAGACGUCGAGAUAGCAGGAGAAAGCCAGCAGAACAACAAAGUGAACGAACUCGAAAAUACGAAAGAAACGUGUAUAUUGUGUGUGCGACAAGACAACAACAAAGAACUAACUAAAUAAAUAUUCAUUGUGCCUCCGAGCCGAGGAGAAAGUUAUUGAGUCACCAUAUCGUCGGCAAUUGUGCAAUUCCGAUUCCAAAAAGGAAACUAAAGACAAAGGGAUCCCCCAAGUCCAAAACAAUGGCAGUGGCAUUCUACAUUCCCGACCAGGCGUCGUUGCUGCGGGAGGCCGACCAGCGGGAGCAGCAGCUCCUCCGCCUGCGGGAGUCCCAGUGGCGGUUCUUGGCCACCGUCGUCCUGGAAACCUUGCGCCAGUACAGCCAGUGCCUUCCGAAAACCGGAAGGAAGUGCGGCAAAUACCGCAAGCCGUCGCAGUGAGCAGUUGAGUAAACAGCAACUAAAGAGGACAACUACUACUAGCCGCCUAUAGACCAGUCCAGAAUCCAGAGUACAAACGACACCACAACAUCAACGCAGCCAACCCACAACAAAAUAGCCUUCUAAUGUUCACUCCACAUCAGUCAAGGAUCCCCCCAAAAUUUUUAGUUUACUCAUCAAAGCGAUUGUGAUAAUGGUUUUGUUUCUAAAAAAAAUUGAAAGAAAAUUUUACAAAAAAAAAUCAUUCAAAAAUCUCAGAAAAUACUUUUGAAAAAUCCCCACAAUUUUGUACGGAAAUUUUUUAAGACAACAAAAAAAUAGUUUCUUUAGAAAUAAUUUACACUUAAUCAUAUUUAAAUGAAUUACUACUGUACUAGUUUGUAAGUUCUUUUGUAAGCGAUUUUUUCUAUGUUUUUCUUAAGAGCAAAACCCAGGAAAGAAAAAAAUAAUCGAAGUUGGCUAAAAAUUGCAUCAAUUUUUUGUCAAACAAAAAGUCAAUAAAGCAAUACGAAAAUAAAAAAUA